AUGAUCCAGAGAGUCAUGAUCCACAGAGUCAUGAUCCAGAUAGUCAUGAUCCACAGAGUCAUGAUCCAGAAAGUCAUGAUCCACAGAGUCAUGAUCCACAGAGUCAUGAUCCACAGAGUCAUGAUCCACAUAGUCAUGAUCCAGAGUGUCAUGAUCCAGAGAGUCAUGAUCCAGAGAGUCAUGAUCCAGAGAGUCAUGAUCCAGAGAUCUGCUCAGUUAGUGGAGAAUGGUGCUUUACGCACUCCUUACACUCCUUACACCCCUUACACCCCUUACACCCUUUACACUCCUUACACCCCUUACACCCCUUACACUCCUUACACUCCUUACACUCCUUACACCCCUUACACCCCUUACACCCCUUUACACCCUUACACCCCUUACACCCCUUACACCCCUUACACCCCUUACACCCCUUACCCCCCUUACACCCCCUUACACCCCUUACAUCCCUUACACCCCUUACACCCCUUACACUCCUUACACUCCUUACACCCCUUACACCCCUUACACCCCUUACACCCCUUACACCCCUUACACCCCUUACACCCCUUACACCCCUUACACCCUUACACCCCUUACACCCCUUACACCCCUUACACCCCUUACACCCUUACACCCCUUACACCCCUUACACUCCUUACACCCCUUACACCCCUUACACCCCUUACACCCCUUACACCCCUUACACCCCUUACACUCCUUACACCCCUUACACUCCUUACACCCCUUACACCCCUUACACCCCUUACACCCUUACACUCCUUACACCCCUUACACCCUUACACCCCUUACACUCCUUACACCCUUACACCCCACCCCUUACACCCUUACACCCCUUACACCCCUUACACCCCUUACACCCCUUACACUCCUUACACCCCUUACACCCCUUACACCCCUUACACUCCUUACACCCCAUACACUCCUUACACCCCUUACACCCCUUACACUCCUUACACCCCUUACACCCCUUACACCCCUUACAAAAACCCUGUUUACGUUCCUUUUGGCCGUUUAUGA